AUGGGGCCAAUGAAAUAUAAGUCAAGUGUGUCCUCAAUGUCCUGUAGUCUGCAAUAUCACCAUUCCUUGAUAAAGUGGAGUCCAAAAAUGAAUGUACACAUAGUGCGGACGUACUGCUCAUCAGCACCUAAGAGGCCUGAAGCCAAGUCUGCAGUAGAAAUGGCCACAGCUCUUUUUCAUCGUCUGACAGAAGCUGGGACUGUUAUGGGAAAAAACUCACUUCAGAAAAUGUCUGCUACGUGCAAAAGCUGGUGGGACAGAUACGAAGAGUUUGUUGGAAUUAAUGAAGUUCGAGAGGCUCAGGGAAAAGUGACAGAGGCUGAAAAUGUCUUUAUGAUAGCUCGAGGGAUAGUACGAGAGGCUCGUGAAAGUGUGGAAGCCCAGCAGAUUAAACUGAAGGAAAUUCGGGACCGCUUAGACAGAGUCUCUCGGGAUGACACCCAGUAUUUAGAACUGGCUACUCUGGAGCAUAGGUUGCUGCAGGAAGAGAAGAGGUACCGAGCUGCAUACUUAAAUGCAGAAGAAUCUGAGAGAGAAAAAUUUGCUCUCUUCUCUGCAGCUGUAAGAGAAAGCCAUGAAAAAGAGCGGACAAGAGCUGAAAAAACAAAGAACUGGUCUAUUAUUGGUUCUGUCCUGGGAGCCAUUAUAGGUGUUCUUGGUUCCACCUAUGUUAAUCGAGUAAGGCUGCAAGAGCUGAAAGUUUUGGUGCUUGAAGCACAGAAGGCCCCAAUAAAUUUACAAGAAGCCAUCAAGGAACAGGCCUCCAGCUAUUACUUACAGCAAAAGGAUCUCAGUGAUGUCAUAGCAGACCUGAAAAAUGUGCUCCAAACAAGGACGUCACAGGAAGCAAAAGGUGGUGCUUUGUUAACUAGAGAAGACAAGAAUACCUCCAUGAAAAUAGAUUCUCUUUUAAUUCCUUUAAAUGAACAGCUGAACUACACUAAACAAGUCAGUUCAUGUCUUGGAAGUUUACAGCAACAGUUGAGCAGUCUGCAGGAGAGCAUAGUGCAAGCUAUUGCUGAAGUGCAGGCUGUUAAAGCUGCGGUCCAUUCUAGACCUGUGGAAAGAGUGACACCAAGGUCAUCAGCAGAGGGUAAGAGCCAGGCCUCUGCCAUGAGAGAUGUCCUUUUAGAAUUGUGUGAUACUGAGCAGAGACUGGAAACACAAAUCAAGAGAAAUUCUAUUUACAGCACCGCUGUGACGUGUGCUGUGUUUGCUAUUACUCUGCCAGUACUCUACAUGAUCCUUAAAGGAAACUGAGCUAUAAUUAAUUGCCACAAUUCACUAGAUUAAUAAAA